CUUCACCUCUUCUCUUCCUUCUGCUCUCUGCCGCUGCUUCCCCCCAGGCUGUGAGUGUUGAUGGGCGCUUAAACUGAGACCCAGGCAUUUUCAGUUGCAGUCGGGUGGCGCGGCACAGCAAGCAUGCCCGAGCCGAGCAACGACUACCGAGUGGUCGUGUUCGGAGCGGCCGGCGUCGGCAAGAGCUCCCUGGUGCUCCGCUUCGUCAGGGGCACCUUCCGGGAGGCCUACGUGCCCACGGUGGAAGACACCUACCAGCAGGUGAUCGGCUGUGACACGAGCGUGUGCACCCUGCACGUCACCGACACCGCGGGCAGCCACCAGUUCCCCGCCAUGCGGAGGCUCUCCAUUUCCAAGGGACACGCCUUCAUCCUGGUGUACUCCGUCACCAGCAGGCAGUCCAUGGAAGAGCUGCAGCCCAUCUACGAGCAGAUAUGUCAGAUUAAGGGGGACAUCCGAAAAACCCCCAUCAUGCUGGUCGGUAACAAAAGCGACGAGAGCCAGCGGGAGCUGGAUGCCCUUGAAGGGGAAGCCUUAGCCGGCAAGUGGAAGUGCUCCUUCAUGGAGACCUCGGCCAAAAUGAACUACAACGUCCAGGAGCUUUUCCAGGAGCUCCUGAACCUYGAGAAGAGAAGAACUCUCAGUCUCCAGGUGGAUGGAAAGAAGUGCAAGCAGCAGCAGAAGAAGGACAAGCUCAGCGGGCAGUGCUCCGUUAUGUGACGGGCUUUGUGAUUCGUGAGGCCGCGUGGCGCGGCGGGAGCGUGGGCUGCACGUGUGCCGGCGSCUUGCGAGGAACCCGGGGCUUACAGGGAUGUCCCCUUCCUGGGGAGCAUCGGUUGGGUCGCUCUGCGCUGGUUUUGGAGAGAAUGGCUUUUUGCAUGGUGUCUUAUUGCUUUUGAAAUAAGCAUUCAGUGUUAGUCAUKACAUGUGAUUACAAGUUCUUAAGGCAAGAACUUGACAGAAGAGAACAAUCUUGGUGUUAUUAUCUUAGUUAUCUUUAUUUUUGUGAAUACCUGCUAGUUUUUAAGUAUCUUCAGAUUGUGUUACCCUGGAAAAAAUCGCGUUACUUAUUUGUAUAUGUUCAAAUUUGUUGAGAAAUAUAUUGGCAAGAGCAAAUCUUCAGCAAUGCUGGCUAUCUGCACUGCAAAUGAGCAUAAAUGUGACUCUUUAGGCACUUGCAUUUUGGGGGAAAAUUGUCUAGUCUACCAAAUGCAUAUAAUUUUUUUU